UAUGUAAACGAAACGUUCAUACGUAUAAGCAGUGCGGCUGCGGUCCCGAUAGCGAGGUAGUACCGUACGCAGAUCGAGUGCGUGUGUGAUUUCCCUCGUUGGAGAAAUGUCGUCGGCAUUCGUGGCCGCGAAAUAAACGACGAAACAUGUCCGGACCGAUAGUCAGUCGUGCACGGACACCCGGCGGUGAUGUUCAAAUAGGUGCAACGGUGGUUUGCGUAGUUUGUCACAGAACUGACAAGCUGUUAAGGUGUUCACGGUGCAAGGCCGUCUUCUAUUGCACCAAAGAACACCAAAGGUGGGAUUGGAAACGUCAUAAAGAAUUUUGUGCCACUCAUUCUGUACGAUCGAUUGUGCCAGAUACAGUUUCAGCUGCUAAUAAAAAUUCCCUUCCGGAGUCUGCCAAGAAAAAUUCCUCCCUUGAAAACUGCCAGCCCUCGACUACACCAGUGGUUUCUAACCUAAACGAGAAGCCAGUGUCAGAAACAACGCGGGGAUCGAACACCGUCCCGAAAGUGAAUCACAAGGCGAAACAUCUUGAAGGAAUCAGCAAACAAGCAGAAGAAGUAAAAGGACAAUCAACGGAUAAGAAAAGCCAAAGUCUUAAGAGUAAACCCAAUAGCACUAAGGCAAAAGGUACUCGUAAUAGUAGAGCGGAUGGUUGGACUUCUCCUAUAACAUUCGAAGGAAGUUCAGAAGAUACAAUCCUAGGGGCCAGAGCAGAACUACUGAAUCCUGCUCUAGAGAGCUCAAGAAUUCUUGAUAAUCUUCAAGAUAAUGAAUUAAACAUGCCUACCCAUCAUCAUAACGGUAUGAAGACCUUCCCGGAGGUUCACUUGGCUCGCGAAGAGGAAUUUUUACCACCUUUCCUUCACAAAAAUAGAAAUAAUCUUGAAGAGUUAAUAGAUGAAAUAUGCAGAAAUGUGAUUAGGGACAUGGAUGAAUAUGGUGUGUGCGUAGUGGACAAUUUUCUAGGCACAGAUAAAGGUCUCGCAGUGUUAAACGAAGUUUUAAAUAUGUACAGUGCUGGAUUAUUUAAGGAUGGACAGUUGGUUUCUAAUAAAGCAGGUGCAAAUGACUUAAAAACAAUUCGUGGUGAUCAAAUAACGUGGCUGGAUGGAAAAGAAAAACAAUGUCAAAAUAUUGGAAUGCUUAUAUCCCAAGUUGAUGCUAUCAUUAUGAGGGCAAACAAAAUGCGGAACAAUGGAAAGAUGGGAAAUUAUACGAUCAAUGGAAGAACUAAGGCAAUGGUGGCUUGCUAUCCUGGUCACGGUUCGCAUUACGUGAAACACGUGGACAAUCCUAAUCGAGAUGGACGAUGCAUCACAGCUAUAUACUAUCUUAAUCGAGAUUGGGAUAUCAAGAAAAAUGGCGGCCUAUUGAGGAUAUUUCCAGAAGGCUGGCGUGACCAAGUAGCGGAUAUCGAACCUCUUUUCGAUAGAAUACUGUUCUUCUGGUCCGACAGGAGAAAUCCGCACGAGGUACAGCCAGCAUACGAAACCAGAUACGCAAUCACUCUAUGGUACUUCGAUGCCGAAGAAAGGAAUCAAGCUUGCCGAAGAUAUCAAAGAGAAAGGGAAUUACACGUGAAGAAGGACAGCUCGUGAGACAUGGAGUGUGAGGGACUGUCACACCGUCCAUCGACUGAAAUUGUAACUCUAUUAGCUGAACUUAUACACCUGUACAUAGCUACAUGAAGAAAGCACUGGUACAUAAAAUAUUAUGUAUUAUUACGUAUUAAGAUAUAGUCGAUUACAGGAGAUACCGAAAAAAGAGUUAUAAAAAAAAAAGUUUAAGAAUGUGCGAUAGAUAUAAGCGCAUUCUUUCCUUCUUUUUUUUUUACAUGCGGCACUGUAAUAUAUUCGAAUGGGUAAGUGCGCGGUAGCUCUUACAGUUCGCAAUUAUACAUAUAAUUAUUAAUCUGCGUUUUUCCUAACAUUUUACGCUCAUACUCUAACCGAAUGUUUGAAAAAUACAAUUUUAGCAUUCGCUUGCCACUCGAUUGAAAAUUUGUUCGUUGUUGACACAAUACUUAGCUUCCAAUAAUUGGAGCACGAAGAAUUCUUAUAGCAGUUCGUAAUUCGUACAAUUGCUGAGAUACAUAGUGUACAGAAAAACGGUGUGCAUGAGCAUCGUAGGACGAAAGAGAGAAUGACUAGUAAAUGAGCGCAUGAGGGGGAGAGAAAGAGAACGAUUUGAAUAAUAAAAUAAUGUUUCUAUUUGUAAAACGUUUUGAAACUAUGUCAUAAUUAUUACAUUUCCAAUACAUUUGUUCCCUUUAACUUCUGUAUAGCUGGUGUUGUUAAUAGCAAUUCAGCUCGUUAUUAAUAUAAAAUGCGAUGUUUGCGAAACCCUCACGAUUUAUUACUGCAUCUCAUAUGUUACACGUUAUUCUACAAAUUAUAAUCCUUACACGGAUAUUUGAUUGAAUGGCCAGUAAUUGACUUAUGCUUCCAGUGCAGUGAAUUGAGAUAUGCCGGGGCCCAGUCUGUACCUGUAAUAUUGUUAUGUACAUUACGAAGAUGUAGAAACACUGUGUUUACUAUUGUAUGUAUCUAUUUAUAUAAAUCGAUAAGGAAAACAAAAUAAAAUUAACGCGUACUUCCUGUGUCCCACAUAGAGAGUCUAAUAUACAAAUUUGUUAGUCAAUCCGAGAGAAAAGUAAGAGUGUUGAAUUUUUUUGAGGUGUAUUAUGUUGAUACUAUUAAACUUAUUCGAUUGUAAGAGUA